AUGACGAAGAAUUCUUUGUUGUGUUGGUGUUUUGUGUUAACCAUUGGAACAACGUUGACAUCUGUAUAUGGCUUUAUGUAUUCAGAUGCCGAUUUUCUUCUCCAGGAUGUCUUCAAGAACUACUCAACAAAAAUCCGCCCCAAAGAGAACUUGUCUGAAGUGUUAGAAGUUUCUCUUUUGCCGUUCAUGUUUUCAGUGAAUGAGUUCGAUGAAGUCUCUGGUGUAAUGUCCAUUGUGUGUGGAUUUUUCUUGACAUGGCAUGAUUUUCGGUUGUCCUGGACACCCAACAACUAUGGUGGCAUCCAGGAUAUUCCUGUGCCUAAAGAGAUGUUAUGGGUGCCUAACGUCUUUCUGAUUGAUCCAGCUAAUAAAAUGGAAGCAAUUGGAAGUAACGACUUCAUAGGCAGAAUUUCAAAUUCGGGUAUGGUGUCAUGGGUACCAGGGGGUUUAAUUCAGACCUUGUGCAACGUUGACAUGUAUAAAUUUCCUUUUGAUGUACAGACAUGCUCUUUUACAUUAGUUUUGUGGGGAUAUUCACAAUUUGAAGCUAAAUUAACACCUUUUAGCAAUUUCACAACCAUGGAUACGACUUAUUACACGUCAAAUGCUCAGUGGACGUUAGAAAAGACUGUUAUGAAACCAUCUGCACUUGGAGGAUAUGAUAGUUUAAUCGAAUUACAGUUGAUUCUGAAAAGGAAAUCCCUAUAUUUCGUCAUAAACAUGUUAGCACCAAUUCUUUUAUUGUCCUUACUCAACCCUCUUGUGUUUGCAUUACCGGUUGAAAGUGGAGAACGUGUGUCCUAUGCUAUAACCAUCUUCUUAUCUUUUGCCGUAUUUAUGACUUUGCUCAGCGACAGUAUGCCUAAAUCGUCUGAGCCUAUGUCUUUAAUGUCUUACUUUUUAAUAGUAACGAUGUCUAUGAGUACUUUAAUAUGCGUUUUGGCUGUUGUCACAAUGCAACUCCAUUUCAAAAAUCCUAAAUUGCCAGUUUCAAGUAAAUGUGUUUUCAUGCUGGAUGUUUUGAGACUCCGAUGCCUAUGUCGUAUUUGUAGAAAACGUGAAAAGAAGUCUAAAGUCACUGACACGUCCUCGAAAUUGGAUAUAGUUUUUGUAAAAAGUAAAAUAGCCGUUGACAAAAGUAUAGAAGAUGAUGAAAAAGAGGAAAAAGUCACUUGGAAAAUUUUGGCGAAGGGAUAUGAUAAAAUACUAACGAACUACUUUUACGUUCUGGUAUUUCUACAGUGGCUUAUCCUUGGAGUGGUAUUGGCAGUGUGAAAUUGUUUAAUAAGAUUACAGGUAUUAAUUGUUCAAAAGUUGUUUUUUUUUCGAACGUAGGCUGAGUUCAAAACCAUUUAUUAAUUAAGUUCGGAAAUUGUUGAA